GUAUGAGUGAAUAAUCAAACGGUGAAGAUCUCAUCAAUUCUAUACAAAAUUGUCAAGAAAAAAAUAUCUCCCAAGAUCUCUUCUUUUUUCUUCUUUCCUUCAACAACAUAAAGUCCUAAGUAAACGAAUCAAGUCUCGCUCUGUCUUUCUUCACUCACAAAUUAACCAAAUUUCUUUUUCUUUUAAAAUUAAAUACCUUGAAAUCCAUGGCGGGAAUCAGAUUGUUGCCGGAAGAGUCAUCGGACCCAACCCAGCAACAUCCGCCGCCGCAACAACAGCUGCAGACCGGUCGAGAAGUGGCGUCCGACGACGAGCGGUCGGUGGCUGCCGAUUCCUGGUCUAUAAAGAGCGAUUAUGGAAGCACACUUGACGAUGAGCAGCGCCACGCUGAUGCCGCUGAAGCCCUUUCCUCCGCUGCCAACUUCCGUGCUGCCUCUGAUUACAGUUCUGACAAGGAUGAACCAGAUGCUGAUGCAAUGACAUCAAUGCUUGGUCUUCAGAGUUAUUGGGAUGGUGCAUAUGCAGAUGAGCUGGCAAAUUUUCGUGAACAUGGCCACGCUGGUGAAAUUUGGUUUGGAGCUGAUGUCAUGGAUACUGUUACUUCUUGGACCAAAAGCUUGUGUAGUCAAAUUUCUCAAGGUUACAUGCCAAAUCAUGUUGAUGAGGCAAAGCCUGAGUCUGUUCAACUGGAUGAUAAAUAUUUGUCUUGCUGGAGUGUACUUGACAUUGGCACUGGCAAUGGUUUGCUCCUUCAGGAACUUGCUAAGCAGGGAUUCAUAGAUUUGACUGGAACUGAUUAUAGUGAAGGUGCAAUUGACCUUGCUCGAAGCCUUGCGGACCGUGAUGGAUUUUCAAACAUCAAGUUUCUGGUUGAUGAUAUUCUUGAGACAAAGUUGGAAAGACGUUUUCAACUUGUCAUGGAUAAGGGGACUCUCGAUGCCAUUGGCUUGCAUCCCGAUGGGCCUAUCAAAAGGAUGAUGUAUUGGGAUUCAGUUUCAAAGUUGGUGGCCCCUGGUGGAGUAUUAGUGAUUACUUCUUGCAACCAUACAAAAGAUGAAUUGGUGCAGGAGGUGGAAAAUUUCAAUCAAAGAAAUAUUGCAAUGCCCCAAGAGCCAAAUACAAUCAAGGACCAAGAAACACACAGAGAUCGUCCCCCAUUCCAAUAUCUGAACCAUGUUCGGACUUAUCCAACGUACAUGUUUGGUGGAUCUGUGGGAUCACGUGUUGCCACUGUUGCAUUUCUAAGGAACUAAAAUUGAACCUUAGGUCUUUGUCUUGAACGGACUACCCCUGUGAUUUGUUGUGGUUGAAAUGGUUCACAGUUUGCAUACAAAAUGGCAGUGGAUAGGUAUUGACAUUUGAAACUUCAUUUAUCGGAUUCUUCAUCUAGGAUAAAAUGUUCUUUUAAGUUUUUUUUUUUUUUUUCCCUUCAUGAAAGAUAUUGGUGUAGGGGUGUAGUUGGUGAUGAGAUUAUCCUAGGAAAUUGAGUGCCAUACUUAGGUUAAUGUUAUCCAAUUGGUUGCCGAUUAUGCCUUUUGGUUUCAUGUAACCCUGUGGCGGCACCGUGUGCUUCUGUUGCUUGUUUAGUUUCUUGACUGGCAAACGUGGAACGGAAAAUGUGAAACGAUGCAAUUUAUUACAAAAUUUGAGA